AUGGCGGAAACAGGGGAACCGCAGACAGUGCCAGGGCCCGUGCAAGCAGCUGGCGUUGACACCGCCCUUCCACCUACUCAGGCAGCUGCCCUGCUUUCAUCUCCGGUGUCGAGACAGGGGUCCCUCUGUCCAGAUGAGUUCCUGUGUCCGAUCACGGUGCUGCUCAUGAGCGAGCCCGUGCUGCUUGUGGAGACUGGACAUACUUUUGAGAAGUCGGCCAUCGAGCAGUGGUUUGACCGCGGCAACAGAACGUGUCCCCUGACAGGUGUCGUGCUGACGAGCACCCAGGUGUCUCCGAACUUGACACUGCGCAAGCUCAUCCAAGACUGGGCCGCCCGCCAUCCAACACAAAGCGCCGUCGCGCAGACACCCUCGUCCUCUCAAAAUCCGCACCCGCAGCCAAAUGCAAACCUCGAAUUGCCCAACACUCCGGUGCUGCCGAACAGCACUCCUUCGCACAAUAAUUCUCAGAACGAGCAUUGGGCUGCCCGGCUACCAUUUGCGCACCGGCGGGCUCCACGAAGAGCGCGGCUCUCGGAAGUUCUGGAGUCCCCGCUUCCGCCUGCAGAUGAUGACGAACCGCUGGAGGCCGCUCCUCCUGAGAAUCAGGAGGGCAACGCACCUACGGUUGACGCCGAACCCAGACUUUCGCUCGCUGCGGAGUUCGACACGAUCGGGCCUCUCCCCCGGGAACAGCUGCUGGUUCUGGCGCACGUGGCUGCUCCAGAGACCGGGAAGCGCGUCCCGGUUGACCUGGUGGCGGUCCUGGACGUGAGCGGCAGCAUGGCGGCCGACCGCCUCCCGCUGGUGAAGGAGACGCUGCUGUUUGUGAUCAGCCAAUUGCAGUCGUCGGAUCGCCUGUCCAUCGUCGCGUUCUGCGACCGCGCGCAGCGCGCAAUCAGGCUGACGAAGGCGACCGAGCAAAGCAAAGAACGGCUCAAGCUCGCCGUGCAGGGUCUCAGGGCUGGGGGAGGCACGUCAAUCGCCUCUGGCUUGGCGCUGGGCCUCCACGUGCUGACGUCACGGCGCGAGAGGAACCACGUUGCGUGCAUGUUGCUCCUCUCGGACGGCCUCGAUAAUUUCGGGGGCGGGGCCGACUUCGUGGCGCAGAACCAGGACCUGCUGACGUCAGCCACGCGGGACAGCGUCUCGGUGCACACCUUUGGUUACGGAAGGAACCACGACGAGCAUAUCCUCGACGCGAUCGCGGAAGGAACCAACGGAACCUUCACGUUCGUCCGGAGCAAUUUGGAAGUCAAAGAGGCCGUUGCGCAAUGUCUGGGGGGUGCACUCAGCGUGGCUGCUCAGGCGACCACUAUAAGCAUCACCGCAGCCUCCGGGGUCGCCGUUCUGUCCGUCAGCGCCGGAGCGUAUGAAGCGACCGUGGAUGAGGCGCAGGCGGCCGCGAAGAUCGACCUGAAAGACAUGUACUCCGGCGAGACCCGGGACGUUUUGAUCACGGUCAGAGUGCCCGCAGCCGAAGGCGACCGCUCGGAACCCACCGAGCUCCUGUCGGGGCGGCUUCAGUACACGGUCCCGGGUCAGGAGAAGUUAUCUAGGUCGCCUAAUCUGACGCUCUUAAUCGCUCGGGGAGAGGGCCCCGAGGGAACGGGGCCCAACGUGGAUGUCGACAUUCAGCGUAACAGGCUCAACGCCGCCAAGGCGAUGCGGGUGGCAGAUCGGCUGGCUGGGGAAAACCACCUGGACCAGGCACGUGACGCCAUCGCAGCGGCUAUGGAUUCCAUACGGCGGUCGAUAUCGGGCCAAGCGCCGGCGUGCGUGGCGCUCCUGGAGGAUCUGCAACUAGUCGGGCGGGGCUUCGCAAGCGCGCGCGAGUACCAGACGGAAGGCUCUAAAGUCGCGAAAUCGUCGGCUAGGAUGCACUCCAGCCAGCGUGCCGCGUACUCCUCGAAGAUCGGCGCGAGCGCUCGACGCCCAUCUGAGUAUGUGCAGUACGCCUCAACGUCCGCUGUUCAGAUGAGGAACACGGCGUCCAGCAGUAUGUAG